AGUGGGCCAGGCUUGAGACAGCACGGCACCGCCUCUUGACGUGGCAAUGCUCCGCGCAGCCAUAUUUGCUACGUCGUCACAGAAUCCUGUCAACUGAGGGCCGCCGGUGUGGUAAACUGGGAGAGGUGUUGAGCAAGUCUUUGGUACACAGACUUCAGUGCUCUUAGGUGGCGAUGGCGACCUUCCAGGAGUUCAUCCAGCAGAACGAGGACCGCGACGGCGUGCGCUUCAGCUGGAACGUGUGGCCCUCCAGCCGCCUGGAGGCCACCCGCAUGGUGGUCCCGGUGGCGGCUCUCUUCACGCCUCUGAAGGAGAGGCCGGACCUGCCCCCCAUACAGUACGAGCCGGUCCUCUGCAGCCGGGCCACCUGUCGCGCUGUGCUCAACCCGCUGUGCCAAGUGGACUACAGAGCCAAGCUGUGGGCUUGUAAUUUCUGUUAUCAAAGAAACCAGUUCCCACCCACUUAUGCUGGAAUAUCGGAGAUGAACCAGCCUGCUGAGCUGCUUCCGCAGUUUUCUACAAUUGAAUAUGUAGUCCAGAGGGGUCCCCAGAUGCCCCUGAUCUUCCUGUACGUGGUGGACACCUGCAUGGAGGACGAGGACCUGCAGGCGCUGAAGGAGUCGCUGCAGAUGUCCCUGAGCCUGCUGCCCCCCACCGCGCUGGUGGGCCUCAUCACCUUCGGCCGCAUGAUCCAGGUCCACGAGCUGGGCUGCGAGGGCAUCUCCAAGAGCUACGUCUUCCGCGGCACCAAGGACCUCAACGCCAAGCAGCUGCAGGAGAUGCUGGGGUUGACCAAACCUGCUGCAGCCCAGGGGGGACGAGGGCCACAGGUGCCACAGGCCCCACCUUCCAACAGGUUCCUGCAGCCAGUCCAGAAGAUCGACAUGAACCUGACGGAUCUCCUGGGGGAGCUGCAGCGGGACCCCUGGCCCGUCACCCAGGGCAAGAGACCCCUUCGCUCCCUGGGGGUGGCACUGUCCAUCGCUGUGGGCUUGCUGGAGUGUACCUUCCCCAACACGGGGGCACGCAUAAUGACCUUCAUCGGAGGGCCGGCCACCCAGGGCCCUGGCAUGGUGGUGGGGGACGAGCUGAAGGCUCCUAUCCGGUCCUGGCAUGACAUUGAGAAGGACAAUGCAAAGUUCAUGAAGAAGGCCACUAAGCACUACGAAGCCCUCGCCAGCCGCGCCUCUACCAGCGGCCACAUCAUCGACAUCUACGCCUGCGCCCUGGACCAGACCGGCCUGCUGGAGAUGAAGUGCUGCGCCAAUCACACCGGAGGUUACAUGGUCAUGGCGGACUCCUUCAACACCUCCCUCUUCAAGCAGACCUUCCAGAGGGUCUUCACCAAGGACGUGCAGGGGUCGUUUAAGAUGGCCUUCGCAGGCACACUUGAGAUCAAGACAUCCAGAGAAAUCAAGAUCUCGGGUGCCAUCGGCCCCUGUGUCUCGCUCAAUGCUAAGGGGCCUUGUGUGUCAGAAAAUGAGAUUGGAACUGGAGGCACCUGCCAAUGGAAGAUCUGUGGAUUGGACAGUAACUCUACACUGGCUUUGUACUUCGAAGUGGUCAAUCAGCACAACGCGCCCAUCCCCCAGGGCGGACGCGGGGCGGUCCAGUUCGUGACCCAGUACCAGCACUCCAGCGGUCAGCGGCGCAUUCGGGUCACCACCAUCGCCCGGAACUGGGCCGACGCGCAGACGCAGAUCCAGAGCAUCGCCGCCUCCUUCGACCAGGAGGCCUCGGCCAUCCUGAUGGCGCGGCUGGCGGUGUACCGGGCGGAGACGGAGGAGGGCCCGGACGUCCUGCGCUGGCUGGACCGGCAGCUCAUUCGCCUGUGCCAGAAGUUCGGAGACUACCACAAGGACGAUCCCAACUCGUUCAGAUUUUCAGAAACGUUCUCCCUUUAUCCACAGUUCAUGUUCCACCUGAGAAGGUCACCCUUCCUGCAAGUGUUCAACAACAGCCCCGACGAGAGCUCCUACUACAGGCACCAGUUCAUGAGGCAGGAUCUGACUCAGUCCCUCAUCAUGAUCCAGCCCAUCCUCUACGCCUACUCCUUCAACGGACCUCCCGAGCCCGUUCUGUUGGACAGUAGCAGCAUCCUGCCUGACCGUAUCCUUCUAAUGGACACCUUCUUCCAGAUCCUCAUCUACCAUGGAGAGACGGUGGCGCAGUGGCGCAAGGCCGGCUACCAGGAGAUGCCGGAGUACGAGAACUUCCGCCACCUGCUGCAGGCCCCGGUGGACGAUGCCCAGGAGAUCCUGCACAGCCGUUUCCCCAUGCCCCGCUACAUCGACACCGAGCACGGGGGCAGCCAGGCACGCUUCCUGCUAUCCAAAGUCAAUCCCUCGCAGACCCACAACAACAUGUAUGCGUGGGGCCAGGAGUCGGGCGCGCCCAUCCUGACGGACGACGUGAGCCUGCAGGUGUUCAUGGAUCACCUAAAGAAGCUGGCCGUGUCCAGCGCGGCCUGAGGGCCCCGCGAAGCCCCAGCCCUCCGCAAGGAAGCUCCAAGGAAACGCCAAGCGCAGAGUUCAGAAGCUACGAGGAGACGCUCAGGCGCUCGCCAACCGAAAUGUGAAGCAAAGUGGUCCUGAAACACCUGUCUCUCUCCCUGUUUCUCUGUCUCUCUCCCUCUCUCUCUCAUUCUGUCUUGCUCUUUCUGUCUUGCUAUCUCUUUCUCUCUCCCUCCCUCCCUCCCUCCCUCCCUCCCUCUCUCUCUUUCUCUCCUCCUCCCUCUGUCUCUCCCUCCCUCUCUCUCCUCCUUUUUGUUUUUUGUUUUGACAAACCGCUUUAUUAUUUCAGGACUGCUUGAGUGCACACAGACUGAAUGCUCGGCCUCCUAUAUAGCCAUCGAUUUCGCGUACGAUAAUGGUAAAAAACAAAACAACAGUGGGUUGGCUAGAAAUCGUCCGGAUAUGCAUCUCCCUCAAUUUAACACUACAGCAGUACAUUUGCAUAACGUAUCAAGACUUCCUGUGCAAGUCAGCGGACGCUUGAGCAUAUUUAUCUAGACUGUGGAUGUUCUAUUGUAAUGCCCCUAACAGAACUGUGCCUAGGUUUCAAACGGGCAAGAUUUCAAAUACGCAGUGCAUAGGCGGAGUUUUAUGUGAAGCACAACUCAAUCUUAUCUCUAGUCAGAGUACACCGUUCAAAGAAUACUCUGAAUGCAGUUUUAAAAUUGCUUGCUCUUGCAAAAAUGCAGAAUUCAACAUGACCCUUUGGGAAAUGAAUGGCGAAUAUUCUAUCAUUGUAAUUUAAGACUGAGAAUGUCACAGCUCACAAUUUCUAGCACCGUCUGGCUUUUUUUGUAGACUUUAUUUUUUUUGAUGUACACAGAUUCGUACCUGCUCUUUUUUUGUCUCCUGUAGGUCCAGUGUUAUCCAGUGCAAAUUUGUGAAGGUGUAAAUGCUGCCUUUCUAUGCCUGAUACUUCUGCCUUGUUUGUAGCCAUAUUGCAUCUGGAAUUUCUAAUAAAAUAAAAAAAAACUUAAAAACUUCA